GUAUCUUUUUUAUCUUCGUUUUUUCAUUCAUCUUAUUUAUCAUUAACUUAUGUAUAUUUAUCUCUUGAAAAUUAGAUGCAAAUGGUGUUUCAAGGAAGAAACAAAGUAUGAAACUCAAGGAUGUAUUGAGGAUGCGUGAAGGUGAAAAUAUUCGAGUGCAAAUUAAUGAAUUAGCUCAACAUGUUGGAGCAGCUCGAAAGGUCUUGACAAGGUGGACGACUAUGUUGGUCAAGCAACCAAAUCUCUGCCCACCAAGUGUUAGCAACUUCUGUGGAGUGAAAAAGGUUUCACGUCUUUUGCUAUUGAGAAACGUACGGGAUAAAUUUUCAUUUUUCAAUCAUCACAUGGUCGACAUUAACGUCAUAUGCGACUGAAAUUUACUGUCUAGAUUUACCCUUAGUUCAUAUUAGUUGCCAAACUUUUCCUUUUUGUAGACAUCCUAAAUUAAUCGUUUGCCUACAUUAAAUAAUUGUGAAUAAUCAUGCCAUCAAUGAAAAUUAUGCUAAUAUCACGAUUUUUGAAUAUUUUUAAGUCAUUCAGUAAAUUUGAGGUAUUUUG